GAAGUUGUCGAUUGCCUUCUUGAGCGCCGGAGAGCAGUGAGGAUGACAGAGAGCAGAAGUUGAAUUAAUUUAGUUUGUGUAUUGUGUUUUACUGGGAUUGUGUGAACGGGAGAUACUUGGGAUUAUUUCUCCAGAAUCCUGUCUCCUGUGGAGGGCUUGUCUUGCACUGAUACCUGUUUUAAAAAAAGUCCUCCUACAAAGGACCUGUUGAUUGAAACUUUCCCAGCCUCUGUUUGUUGGGAGUGUUGAACGUGCGGAGCUGAACACAUGGACCAGAACAACAGUAUACCAGCCUUCCAGGGGCUGGCUUCCCCUCAGAGCGCCAUGACCCCGGGCAUGCCUAUCUUCAGUCCCAUUCUACCAUAUGGCUCAGGCCUGACACCGCAGCCAGUACAGAACACCAACAGCCUGUCUAUACUCGAGGAACAGCAGAGGCAACAGCAGCAACAACAGCAACAGCAGGCCCAGCAAGCCAACUCUGGCCUUCCAGGGACGUCGGGGCAGACUCCUCAACUCUUCCAUUCCCAGGCAGUGACAGGCUCAACUACAACAGCACUGCCGGGGAACACCCCUCUCUAUAACACUCCGCUGACCCCCAUGACCCCCAUCACACCGGCUACUCCUGCCUCGGAGAGCUCUGGCAUUGUACCACAGCUACAAAACAUAGUAUCUACUGUAAAUCUGGGCUGUAAACUGGACUUAAAGACCAUCGCUCUGAGAGCCAGAAAUGCAGAAUACAACCCAAAGCGUUUUGCUGCUGUCAUCAUGAGAAUACGAGAACCGAGGACCACUGCUCUCAUCUUCAGCUCUGGAAAGAUGGUCUGCACAGGAGCCAAGAGUGAGGAGCAGUCAAGGUUAGCGGCUAGAAAAUAUGCGCGUGUGGUUCAGAAACUUGGUUUUCCUGCCAAAUUCUUGGACUUCAAGAUUCAGAACAUGGUGGGCAGUUGUGAUGUGAAGUUCCCCAUUCGGCUAGAGGGAUUAGUCCUCACACACCAACAGUUUAGCAGCUAUGAACCGGAGCUGUUUCCAGGACUGAUUUACAGAAUGAUCAAACCCCGAAUUGUCCUGUUGAUAUUUGUUUCUGGGAAAGUAGUACUCACAGGGGCCAAGGUGAGGUCAGAGAUCUACGAAGCAUUUGAAAACAUUUAUCCCAUCCUGAAAGGCUUUCGCAAGACAACGUAGAUUCUAUAGCUGCUUUUAUUGUCUCGACCAUGUCUGUUUUUUACUAGUUUUUUUUUUUUUUUUUCUUUUUAAAGUCACAUCAAACUGUGAUUUUAAUGUUAAACUUGACAGGUGGACUGCUGAAGGGGCUGUUGUACAUAAUGAGACAUUAUCACUAUCUGUUGCCCUCAGUGUUUUCAGGUUAGUGGUUUUUUGUUUGUUUUUUUUAUUUGGAAAGAGAAUUUUAAAGGUCCUCAUCCGGUGCUCGGAUCUCAUGUCUAAAUCUAAUACUGUUGUCUUUCCAUUGGUUUCCAUUUAUUUUUAGUUUAUGCAUUUCAGGCUUUUGUUGUCCCCAUCACAUCCCUGAUUGUACAUAGGACUGUAAGAAAUGUAAAAAAAAAUGUUAAGAGAAGCAGUCUGGGGCUGUUCUUGUUUUAUUUUAAGCAGUUUUAAAUAGUUUUGUAUUUACCAUUUUUAUAAUUCAUGGACUUUUUAAUAAUGCAUGUUCAGAUCUGUCAGGUCUGCCAUAAAACUCUUGCUCAUUGAGUUUUAUUGUCAAUAUUAAGAUAAUCUAGGUUAAUUUGAAGUGGAUUUCCAUUUGUAUUUAGGCUUAAGAUGUUAUGCACUAAUGAAAUGUGGAUGCUCUUAAAUUUGCAAAGAAUCCAGAUCUUUCAGCCAAUGUUAAGUUAUAGUUUAGUUUUCAGUUUGCCUCACUUGGUAUAGGCUUCUUAUACAAUCAUACUUUAAUCUUUGACUGGUUGGAAUCAGUUUAGGAAAAAAAUGAGUAUGUUCCAAUUUCAAAAGUGUUUUAAUGAGCAAACUUGAGUAUAUUUUUAUUUUGUGGUUAAAAAAAUAGGGAAGACGGGGAUGGACAGAUCAGUUAAAACAUGGAAGGCCUCAUCUUCUUCAUCUUAACCUCAAAUUUAGCACUAAAGACUGUACAAUGGCAGAUAACGUAUUGUUUUAAGAGUUUACUUUGUCUAGUUUUCUUUUAAGGCAUCCUCUCCGAAUGUAGCUAGUUGUACCACAGUUCACUCUAAACCCACUAAAAUGACUUGUGGGUUUAAAUUCUGGUUAUUUCUCUGUGUGGUUGUCUCUUAAAUGCACAAUUUACUGCUCAUAUCUUUGACGACCAUCUUAAUGUUUAGCGGUCAAUGUCUUUGAUUCAGUGCAUUUAAUUAACACAUUUAAUCAAUUUCACCAACUCGACUUUUCCACCUGAUGUCUGUAUUGACCGUAGCUGAAAAAAUCAGGGAGCCUUUUUACAUCUAAAUGCUUCUUUUUCAGUUUAUUAAUGGUCUGCAUUGUACAUUAAUAAAUGUGUUCAUAUUGA